AUUCCUCAAUGCUAUUCCAAUGAGGAACUGACUCGGUUGGUUAGUUAGUUCUCGGCCGUCGCUCGGUUCGACCGGGAUUUUUAAUUUGGCGUCAAUUUUAAAUACGUUCGAUUUUUAAAAUAAAUCGUGAUUGUAAUUUAGACAGUUCGAAAGAAAUGUUUUAAUUUCGGGCCUCGCGCGUAAACGUAAUAAAGUUUAAACACCGCCUGAGAGUGUUUGAUUUUUAUAACCUAACAUUAUCUGUUUGGACCCCAUAAACAGCGUGUACAUAGCGAAUAUGUCAUUAUUGGCGCACUUGGGACCUGUCAGUGAACACAUAAAAAACAUUAAGGACGUGUUACCCCACCAGUUCGCUUUAACAACUAAACAAAAGUUAAUUGUGGUAUCACUAACUGCUAGUAUUGCAGUCGUCGGAGCCCUAGCUAAAUACCUGAAGCGCAAGAAAAGAAUUGUCGAUCCAGUGAUUUACAAGAGAAACAAUUUUAGCAGCAAAAGAUCCAGGGCCUCUGGUAUUCGCAGUCCCAAUGACAUGGGGAGCACGACCAGCAGCGGCCGAAGGAGUGCCGCUUACAGCAAUAUUUACGGGGAACGUUACGUAAGGCAAGGAUCGACCAUAGUAAGCGAAAAAACAGCUUCCGUCGCCUCCGGCAGUGCGAUUAGCGGCGGUUUGAUGAUUACUGCAAUAGAUGGCGCCAGCGGUGAAGGUAUUCAGCUUACCCCUCAGCAAUUGGGCGUGAUGGGCAUGGAGGCACUGGAAACCUGCAUCGGGUACUGGGAGGACGCGUUGGCGAUCUACCGGUCCAAAGAUGGCGACGGCGGCGGCCCGCCAGCGAUGCUCAGCGCUGAGGAGGCGGGAUUUUGCCGCGAUCUGCAGCUCUUGUUGGACUCGGCGAUCGAGCUCCAAGAGAACUCGGAAAUGCUGUUUCUAGACGAGAGGUCGGUGCUUUUCAGGCCUGAUAGCGGCAGAGCGGCCGAAACCGUCGACGCUGACCUAUCAGGCGGCGAAAGUUUCGCAUCUGCGCAAGAUCAGGUGGCAGAUUUGAAAGAGUUCGAGGAAUUCCAAGACUACUUCCCCGACUUGGAAGCUUACCCAUUGUACCAGAUAGCUCUAAGUCAGCUGGAAAACGGCGGGAUACCCUGCAGGACGCUAAGGACCGAGGUGGUGCGGUGCGGGUCGGACGGGGAGUAUCUGGCCAAAUUGCACUGCCUUCGGCUGGCGUUUCAGCAGCUGCUCAGGGAUCCCGCCAACUACAUAUGGUUCGCAGACGCUGGCAGACAGAUGCUCGCCGAUCUGAUGCUGUGCGCCGAUAAAGAUCCCAAGGAUUUUUUGAUAGGUUACGAGGAAAUGCUGCAAUAUAUCCAAGAGCCAAAAAAUUGGCGAGAACUCGAAGAGGAACUCAGCACGAAAGGCGUCAAAGCUCUGACUUUUUACGACGUCGUACUCGAUUACAUCCUGAUGGACGCGUUCGAAGACUUAGACAGCCCUCCGUCCUCGGUAAUGGCGGUCAUACAAAACCGGUGGCUGUCAAACAGUUUUAAAGAAACGGCACUGACCACAGCGGUGUGGUCCGUGCUCAAAGCGAAACGGAGACGCCUGAAGUUUCCGUGCGGCUUCAUGGCCCAUUUCUACACCAUUUCCGAGCAACUGUCGCCGCUUCUCGCUUGGGGUUUUCUCGGAUCCGACGACUCGCUCAAAGAGACUUGCGCGUAUUUCAAGGAACAGGUGAUCGGGUUUUUAACGGACAUUUUUAACUUUCAAAAGUGUCGGUUUACGACGGUGGACGUUUUAGCGUCGGACGUACUGGGUAUUUUGAAAAUUAGGGUCGAUAAUAUAUGCCAAAGGUUGUGCGCUCAAUCGUAAUGGAAAAAUAUAAAGGUUUUCUUCGUCUUCGGUAGGUUGGGGCGUGGCGCCAUCUUCUUACUAGACCUGCAGUCGAGGAAGAGCAACUUAGCACGAGAUUAUAUAAUAUAUUAUAAUAUCGAGCGUGUAUAUAAAUUCUGAGUUACCCAAAUUAUUGCGAUUUUUUAGUAAUUUUUAUAGUACACGACCGUGUUAGCUUUAUGUUAAGUUUAUCUUGCGUUUGUCAUUGUUUUAAUUACA